AACAAUUUGAAUAAGCUUAUCUACGUUGUUCAUCUCUUAAUCAUUACCCUAAUCCAAUUUCUUAAUCCCAAAAACUCUUUCAAGAACUGGAUACUCUGGCGGAUUCUGAGACCAAGAACCGAGACGUGGUUCUGAAGCUGUAUGACGCCCUGAGAUCUCGCGACGUCGACUCCGUUCACCGGACCCUAACCCCGGACCUCGACUACUGGUUCCACGGCCCUCCGCCGCACCAGUUUUUGAUGCGCACGCUCACCGGCGUCUCUCCGCCGUUUCAAUUCUCGCCUCUCUCCGUCGUCUCCUUCGGGUCCACCGUCAUCGCCGAGGGCUGCGACGCCGCCAGCUCCGUCUCCUGGAUCCACGCCUGGACCGUGUCGCAUGGGGUGAUCACUCAGGUGAGGGAGUACUCGAACACCUCGCUCACGGUUACAAGGAUCGGCAGCGUCGUCGCCGGGCGCUCAGCGGAGAUCAGGGCGUCGCAUUGCCCCUCCGUGUGGGAGAGCAAAUUCUCGGGUCGGGCGGGAAAGUCCGUUCCGGGUCUGGUUCUUGCGAUUUGAGGAUUUGGUAAAGGUUAUUGCUGCAGCCACGUCAGAUUAAUAACUAAAUAAAGGCGGGUGCUUACGUGUCGGUGUGUGGUUGGUUUGUUGUUUUAUGGGUUAAAAGGAUUUGUGCGGUUGAGACGCGGUGUGGGGCUGACGCUUAAAGGUCGCGUUUUGGUCGUCGCUAGUUCUUUUUUUUAUUUUUUGCUUUAAAAUCGUGCAUUUGUGUUUUAGUGCGUACAAGCAUGGGGAAACCCAUAUUGACUUGCGCCGUUGUGUCUGAUGUAACGUUUGGCUAUGUUAUACUAAUAAAGUGCUUUUGGGAUCUUA